AUGGACCCGCCGAGGAUGGACCCGCCGGGGCCGGCGCAGGGUCAGCACCAGCACGAGCCCAUCAGCUUCGGCAUCGACCAGAUCCUCAACAGCCCCGAGCAGGACAGCGCUCCCCCGCCGCCCCCCCGGGGCCCCGACGGCGCGACCUUCCUGGGCGGCCCCGGCGGCCGCGGCGGUGCGCCCUAUCCGGCCCUGCCGGCCCCCUUCCCGGCCAUCGCCGCGCCCUUCGAGGACUCGGGAUCGUACAGUGUGAACCUCAGCCUGGCCCCGGCCGGCGUGAUCCGGGUGCCGGCGCACAGGCCCAUCCCCGGGGCCGUGCCGCCGCCCAUCUCCAGCGCCAUCCCGGCCAUGCCUGCCGUGCCCAGUCUGGGCAGCCUCAACUUCCCCUGGAUGGAGAGCAGCAGGCGCUUCGUCAAGGACAGGUUCACAGCGGCGGCGGCACUGACACCCUUCACCGUGACACGGCGGAUCGGGCAUCCCUACCAGAACCGGACUCCGCCGAAGCGCAAGAAACCGCGGACAUCCUUCUCCCGGGUGCAGAUCUGCGAGCUGGAGAAGCGUUUCCAUCGGCAGAAGUACCUGGCCUCGGCCGAGCGCGCUGCCCUCGCCAAGUCCCUCAAGAUGACGGACGCCCAGGUGAAGACCUGGUUCCAGAACCGGCGCACCAAGUGGCGGCGGCAGACGGCAGAGGAGCGGGAGGCCGAGCGGCAGCAGGCGAGCCGGCUGAUGCUGCAGCUGCAGCACGACGCCUUCCAGAAGUCGCUGAACGAGUCGAUCCAGCCCGACCCGCUGUGCCUGCACAACUCGUCGCUGUUCGCGCUGCAGAACCUGCAGCCCUGGGAGGAGGAGAGCGCCAAGAUCCCCCCGGUCACCUCCCUCGUCUAA